AUGAACGUCAAUGUCGCUUUCCAGAUUUCGGAAAUAAACACUAAAAAAUUGUUAAAAUCAUUAGAAAUAUAAAUAUUUUGCAUCGAAAUGGUGUCCAUUAAAGGUGGUUUGGAUGGAAAUAUUAAAAUACGUUCUUGUCGAAUAUGUCUCGAUGCUAGUGCUGAUGAUAUGGUGUUACUAAGUGAUCAUAAUGGUUGGCUAAAUGACUUCGAAUAUUGCUUUGGAAUUACGCUAACCAUCAAAGAUGAACCUCGGUUACUGUGCAGACCGUGUGCUGAUAGUGUAGAAAAUUAUGUUCAGUUUAAGAAGAAAUGUGAAAAAUCUCAUAUACUUUGGCAGUCUGUGAUAAGUAACGUGCAAUGCUCCAUCGUUAAACACAAUACCUUAGAAAAUGGGAACACAUCCGUAUACAAUGCUGUAAAUAAUCUCAAUGGAAAUGAACCGAAUUUGAUAACCCAAUCGCUGUUUACUGAAAUUAAACUAGAAAGUGAUGAAGAACGGAGUUAUAAUUCUGGAGAUGAAACAAAACUGGAAAAUAAUGAAUGUUUUGAUAAAAGAAAAAUUUCUACAAUAGAUAUAAAGGAAUGUCUUGAUACAAAAGGCUUGGACUUAAAACUAAACAAAUCUCAGGAUGAAAACAGAAAAAAAGUUGAAAUAAUCAAGUGUAAAAGAUGCCAUAAAAAAUAUAAAGGUAAAGCACGGUACCAAACCCACUUACCAAGUUGUAAAUUAAAAAAACGAAAAAAAAAGCUAGUUGUUGAUAAUGACUAUGCGUACAAUUGUGGAAGAAACUUUAAUUGUGAUAAAGAUUCUAAGAUAAAACUGAAAUCCAAUGAUGACGUUAAUAUUAAAGUAUUUAGUGAAAAUCAAACUGAUGGGCAAUGCUUAUGUGGUCUCUGUGGACAAAGUUUUAGCACUCGCGCCUCUUUGAACCAACAUUUGAACGAACAUUGGUCAAGCAAUAGUUUGUCAUGUGGGUUAUGUGAUUUUGUUGGCAUUGACUUGGCUGCUAUUGCUGCACAUAGAUAUUCUCACUAUCCGCGCACUGAAGAUAUGCGUUUUCUGUGCCAUAUUUGCAGUUAUCGGACUGUGUCGCUUUUGGCCUUACACUUUCACUACCGGUCUAAACAUUUGAAUAAGAUUGGCGGUUACUGCUCAAGAUGUAACAAGGAUUUCCUCAUAUUAAGGCAUUGGAAAAGACAUGAGCAAACUCAUUUUACUUCAAAGUGUAUAUGCGAUUUUUGUGGGAAAACGUUCUAUUCGAAAUACGCGAUGAUGGAGCAUCUCAUGACUCACAUGCGCCUGUUCAAGAUUAUUUGUCACAUUUGUGGGAAUCACUUCUGCCGAAAGAGCUACUUGAAGGUGCAUAUAAAAGCAGUACACUCAACCGGGCCGGUGAAAUGUAGCCACUGCGGAAAUAUGUUCAAAAAUGAAAUCGUUUUGAAAAGACAUUUGAAACUUAUAAAAAUGGAGAAAAUAUUCGAAUGUACGUUCUGUAACAAAAAGUUCGUACAUUUAUGCCAAUUAAAGAGCCAUAUGGUUUUUCAUAGCGAAGAGAGACGUUAUUGCUGUGAAAUCUGUGGUUCUAGAUACAAAUCAAACAGUCAACUAACAGUGCAUAAGAGGAACCAUACUGGUUUAUUCCCAUUCAAAUGCACUCAGUGUACCAAAGCAUUCGCAAGUUCGAAUCAAUUAAAAAGACACCACUCUGUCCAUACGGGUGUACGCAGUCAUCGCUGCGUUGUUCCCACUUGUGGACGAACGUUCCAUGCUAGGAAACUAAUGUUAGCGCACUUGGCGUUACGACAUAAGGACCACGAUGGCUUGGAUCUUCAAAAGUGA